CACCUGAUCAUGUUCAUGUUCCAAAUCGAGUGUGGGUCAUGGUGGGUCUCCUCAACUUCGUGGCAUAUACACUUGAUGGUGUUGAUGGGAAGCAAGCGCGCCGAACAAACUCCAGCACUCCCUUGGGGGAGCUCUUUGACCAUGGCCUGGACAGCUGGGCCUGCAUGUUCUUCGUAGUGACCGUUUACUCCACCUUUGGGCGGGGAUCCAAUGGUGUCAGCGUCUUCGUUCUCUAUCUGCUCUUAUGGGUGGUUUUGUUUUCCUUCAUCCUCUCCCAUUGGGAGAAAUAUAACACAGGGAUUCUCUUCCUGCCCUGGGGCUAUGACAUCAGCCAGGUGACCAUUUCAGUUGUCUACAUAGUGACAGCGAUUGUGGGAGUUGAGGCCUGGUAUGCACCUUUCCUGUUUAAUUUCUUAUAUAGAGACCUAUUCACUGCAAUGAUUAUUGGGUGUGCACUCACAGUGACUGUGCCCAUGAGCCUGAUUAACUUUUACAAGUAAGUUUUCCAAAAAUCAU